AUGACGGCGCACUACAUUCCCGGAAAGGCUACGGAGGCUCUAUAUAUCGAUCAAGAGGAACCACAGAGGCUAUGGGACCCCGAAGAUGAUAUGCUCGCAUUCAAUCUACCUUAUGGAUUUGGCUUUUUAGCACCCAUGGUGGAUAUAUGCCAUCUCAAGGCGCUGGACAUAAAAGACAGGUACUUAACCUGGGACGAGGCAUCUAUCAAAGCCAGGUUGGGGGUACUCAGAAACGUCGAGAGAGAGGACUACUCGAGCGACAUCUUAUACAUGGAUGAAGAAGAACUCGACCAACUAACCCGCCACUAUCAACGGCAAGAUAUCCAGAAGAACGAGCAAUAUGCCAAAGCCUUCGGUAUUCUCGUCACCAACCCCAUCCCCUUCAUAGCGGCGCGCGUGUGGGUAAACUGGCCAAACACCCCCGAGAUCCUCUCCCUCAUCUCCCUCAUCAUCUCCGCGUCAUGCGUCCCCGCCGUCUACACCGACCGCCUCGCGCUCGACAUGCCCACCCGCUGGAAGUACAGGAUCAUUAGAGCAAACAUGUACCUCGCGGGUUUCAUUGCGUUUAUGGCGGUUAUUUUCCCGGCCGGCGGCAAUCUAGCGGGGGGCAAGGCCGAAGUGAAGUACUGGACGAAUGAUGGGUACAUUUUUGGGUUGUUCCCGCUAAUUAUGGCGCUUGUGUCCCAUGGGAUCAGGCGCAUGAUGGAGGCGGUGAAUCACUUGGAUAUGGCACAUGUCAGGUAUAGGUAUCGUCAACCGGACCGAUGGGAAGAGAUUGGCUUGAGGGCGGCAUUGAUAGAGCAGGGGGUAGAGGUCCCGCCUCUUCCGGGGGCGCCGCCAGUCCCACCAGUCCCACCAGCCCCACAAGCAGCAGACGCAGCACCACCAGCGGCGGCGGGGGGCUAG